CCUUUUUAUUUCGUCAUCUUCCUCGAUAUAUUCUCCUCUCUGUCAAAACUCAAAACCCUCUCUCCUUUUUUUAUCCGUUUUCACUUGUUCUUCCGUUUUUGUCUUUGUAUGAUCCCUAUCUGUUUAAAUUCAUCCAUUUUUAUGCUGCAACUCUUAAUCUGAUCAAUAUCAUGUCUGUUGCGUAUGAGUCUAAUACCAACAGUGAUACUAAUCGGAUCCGGCAGCCUGGGUUUGCUCAAGGGAUGUGGAUCUACAACUCAUCGGAGACCGCUAGAUUCACCGGAGAUGAUCAUCGGAGCAGCAAGUUCCCCGUCGAUAAGGAUGAAGAUGAUCAUGAUUCAAGCAGUUCUUCGUCAAUCGGCAAUAACAGUGACGCAUCUGGCGGCGAAGGCGAUUCCGAUGAUGACGCCGGCGGCGGCGAGGUUCAGAGCUUAUUUAAAGGCUCAUUGAAUAACUUAUGCGCUUUGGAACAGGCUUUGCCGAUCAAGAGAGGUAUAUCCACAUUCUAUGCUGGAAAAUCGAAGUCAUAUACAAGCUUAGCUGAUGCAGUAUCUGCUCCAUCAAUCCAAGACAUUGGUAAACCAGAGGAUGCUUACAACAGGAAACGGAAAAACAUAAUUGCACAUGGUGUAUUCUUGGAUAAAAAUCGAAAUUUUGGUUCUAAAACAGGGAUAUCAAAGAGAUCAAACAACACAAAUGGAGUUGGUGAAACUGAAACUUCAAGCAUAAGCUUAAGCUCAUCCCCUAAUCUUUCUCUUCCCCCUUUACCUUCACGUCCUACAAGAUUACCCACUAAAGAAAUUUCAGAUUCAUCAUCUCCCAGGAUUCAUUCUUCUCCAUGGAGAUCUUAUUCUCUGUCAGAUUUACAACAUGCUGCUGGUGAAACAUCAAGAAUGAAAAGCUCACUUGAUAACAUAAGAGAUAAGGAUGAAGAUGAUUAGAGUUUGAAAAAGAUGACUUUGUAAGGUGUUAGGUUUGUAGCUGGUUUCCUUUUUCCCGUUUCCUGAUAACUGCCCUUUGUACUUACUUCCUUGAGGGCAUUUCUGGAAUUCAGUGGAUUUUAUGUUUCCUGUAGUUCUUCCUUGUAUCCUUAUGCUUGUUAUAUAUAUAAUCAAAUGUCCCCUUUUCAUCAUAUUUAUCUGUUGCCACUUGUCAUCCAUUCACCAAUCUGUUUCAGAUCUGUAAGAUUCUGCAAAAUGGAUGAAGUUGCUACUUAAAUCUACUGAAAGGUACUGUGAACACUGUUUGAACCCUAAACAUAAACAGUAUCUAUUCUUUAUUAAGAAGAAGUAGAGGGGAGCUCUUUAACUGCGUCAUUAUAAGUCUGAUUAACCUAACUGCUUUAUUAUAAGUUCUAUUGACCUGAUUUGUUUUUUGGGAAUGUAGUUCAAUGUUUUAGCUUAGACUCUGAAAACAUCUUGUUUUUUUGGUUAAAUGUCAACCGACUCACAUGCCCUAGACAGGGGUAUCAAAGCUUAUUUGUAGCUAUUUCUGAAUUGUGCAGAAUUUUUGCCU